UGAACCCUAACAGAUGAAUCAUGGGCUAAUGUGCCCCAAAAGUAAUCUUUCGGAUAGACAGGCCAACUUGUUUGACAUGUCAGUGUGACAGUCAAAUCCUCACGAGAUCUGCAGUACAUAUGCAAAGCAGACAGGCUCAAUGGGUUUCAACUGUAUGGAGAUGUAAUAGACGGCUUACCUCUCUCUCUUUGAUAACAUGACUGGAAGACAGCAGAACUUUGGCCUCUCUGAAGGCUGACAGGUGAUACAGAUGAUCUGACGAAGGAAGACUUGGGAUUGUUUCUCGAUUAAGGGACUUCUAUGAGGACUAUGGAUGCUGGUGUGACAAUAACUGAAGAAACAUGAAUGUUUUUAGACUGGGUCUUUUUCUUCUGAUCACCACGGUGGUGUCCGCUCAGGUGCCGCUACAGCCUCUGAAUGCAGCGGUGCUCCGUGGUUCGAAGGCUCGGUUCAACUGCAGCACAACUCAGCCCCCAUCCGUCAUGACCUGGACGGUCAACGGACGCUUGGUUAUCACCAUUCUGGAAGCAUCUGGGGUGUUGAACAGCACAGAUCGUUUUUCUGCCACGAAUUUCACCACGCCUGGAGAUUACAGAUGGGAGCUUGUAAUUAGCAACGUACAGAUAAACUAUACAGUUAAACACACCAACCAAUCCAUGCCACAAGACCCAAAACUUUCCAACUGUUCUUUUCCAGAACGUGGCAGUGUGGAGAUCAUAGGUGGAAAUCAGACCAAAACAGAAGGAGCUCAGACAGAGUUCCAGUGCAGGGCCUUGGGCUGGUUUCCUGAACCAAGCAUGUCCUGGUCUGUUAAUGGAGUGGCAAAUUCCUGCAACACAAGCUCUGUAACACAGGGAAACCUGUUCAACUCCAACUGCACGCUGACAGUCACUGCUGUCAAAAACUCUUAUGUUCAGUGUCUGGUCAAGAUACCAGCCCUGAGCACACCGGACAGCAGCACGGUCUUCCUGACCGUUGAAAAGCUUGCUAAAAUAGACCAAACGGUGUUGAUCGCUGUCACUGUGGCCUUCAGCGCUGCGGCUCUGUUGUUUCUAAUCAUCUACGGAAUUGUUUUCUUCUGCAAAAGGAGGAAGAAAAAGUCAAGCUACCAAGAGGAGAUCAGGAGGGCACGAAUCCAGUCCCAGAAUAGGACGCCUGCCACAGAAAAUGUGCGAGGACGGGACAACCGAGGAUAUAGAGACAGGCAUGAUGGACACACCAAUGGUGGAGUCUGGUACACAAACCACUCUAACAAACAUCAGAUGCCUGAUGGCUUUUUUGAUGGUCACAGGAACCACACACACAUGACCACCGUCUAGAGAUUAAAUCUGAUUAGAUGUUGGACUUCACAGACAGCAGGCUCUCUUCUUCUCUCUUGUACAUAAAAUCAUCAUUUUAGGUUUAAAUACAGAAGAAAGAGCCUGAAGGAUUUCAUAUCAGCACUUAUGUCGAUCUGUUUCACCUCCACUGGAUUAUUUAUUGGAACGCAGAAGGAUUUUCUUGGUGGUCUCAGACUUUUGGACCCCACUGAACACUGUGGAUAUUCACCACCAGAGCAUGUUUUUGGGCUUUAACAGAUAAAGUGGUCGGAAUGAGGGCGGUCGAGGGGUUGGUUAAGAUCUGCCGGAGAUUACUGUUGAUUCGUUUUAAUGUCCUUGCAUGUGCAUAACACAUUCAUCAGAUGCUUGCAUUUCCACAGCAGGUUUUUUGAAUCAACAUCUUCCUGUAUUCUCCAGAAAUUAUAAAAUCAUCAACAUAUGGCACCACACAUCCCAUGAGAGUUUUGCUUUCUGUUUUUAUAGCUACUUACAAUUAAAAGCAAAGAUUUUACAUCAGAAGUGUUUAGAGAAGAUCAUCUUGUGAUACAUCACGCUUCACAGAGCAUGAUGCUGUUAAACAAUUCAUCUAAACCACUGAUUCUUACCUCUCCACAGAGGGAAACUACUUAAACUCCAACAUGUCAUCAUACAGUGAAGUGUCAUGAAAUGGACUGGAACUAUGUGAUUAUUAAUACAUCAAUCAGUCACUUAAUAUCAAAAUCAUAAAGACCUUGUGUGUAGUCACUUAUCUGCGUUUCAUGCAUUUUAAGGGCACUUAAAUCCAUAAAAUGGAUAAGAAUUUUGGACAAAUGUUUUUAAAAUUAUGUAUUAAUGUAUAGCAAAAUGUAUAUAUUUUUCUCACAGUUUUAUGAAUUUUUUCCCCCCUUUUUUGUUUUAAGCAUGAACCUCACUUUUUAUGCUUAAAACAAGAAAAACAGGCCAGUGAGAUUAUACCAGUGUAUUAUACUUAAUUCUAAAUCAGUUCAACAUAUAAUUUUAUUUUGCUGC